CCGGAGGAGGAGGAGGAAACGAGGAGGAGGGUUCAACGGAAGGCCUGGCACCAUGCAGGCCGCCUCCGCUGGCAGGGCUCUUGCUCGGCUGCUGGGACUCCCUGCUAAGGCUCAGCUGCAGCGGCGACCAGCUUGGCUUCUAUUGCAGCGGCAGCAUCAGCCGUGGUCAGGGGGCCCCCGCUGGCAAAGCGGCCUCAUCAUGGCUCACUAUGGGAGCGAGCAGCGCGGCCAGCCCCACUCGCCGGACUACCGCCUCUACUUCAAAAAUUCAAAAGGAAAAUAUAUUUCCCCCUUCCAUGACAUCCCUCUGUGCGCUGGCUCAAAUGAGGAUACGGAGAUUCCUGCAAAGAGAUCAAGGACUACUGGAAAUGAGAUCAUCUUUAACAUGAUUGUCGAAGUGCCUCGCUGGACAAAUGCUAAAAUGGAGAUUGCCACAGAGGAGCCAUUGAAUCCCAUUAAGCAAGACGUAAAGAAAGGCAAGCUGCGAUACGUGGCAAAUAUCUUUCCUCACAAGGGCUAUAUUUGGAAUUAUGGGGCCUUUCCUCAGACUUGGGAAGAUCCCAAUCAUAAAGAUGACAAUACAGGAUGCUGUGGGGACAACGAUCCUAUUGAUGUCUGUGAAAUUGGUUCUCAGGUUCAUACAGUUGGUGAGGUCAUUCAGGUGAAAGUCCUUGGACUUCUAGGUCUUAUUGAUGAAGGUGAAACUGACUGGAAGAUCAUUGCAAUCAGUGUGGAUGACCCAGAAUCCCAAAACAUCCAUGAUAUUGAUGAUGUCAGAAAGUUCAAACCAGGUUAUCUUGAAGCUACAGUCAACUGGUUCAGAUUAUAUAAAGUCCCAGAUGGAAAGCCAGAGAAUCAGUUUGCUUUCAAUGGCACAUUUAAAGACAAGGCAUUUGCGUUUGAAAUCAUUAAAUCUACACAUGAAUACUGGAAAGCCUUGGUUCACAAAAAGGCUGAUGGAGGAGCCAUAAAAUGCACUAACCUCCUGGUGGGUACCAGUCCCUAUUGCUGUAAUGAAGAGGACAUAGAAGCAAUUGUGCAGUCAGCUCCGCCACCUGUAGAAGAGUGUUCUGUUUCCAAAGACGUUGAUCAGUGGCAUUUUCUUGGCCAAUGAGGACAAUCAAAUUUAUCUGAAGUUAAACUGUGAAGUCUUCUAACUACUUCUUUUUUGCCCUUCUGCCACUGAGACAUUCUCCCACACAUGUAUUCUCUCUUUCUCACUCAUACAAACAUAUGCAUAUAUGCCCGCACACACACACACUUUUAUUUCUCUGAAUAUAGACAUACAAAGUCACCAAUGACUGGAUUCUAAAAAUGAAAAUCUUUAUAAACAAUGCAAAUUUUCUAUCAUGUAAAUAAAAGUAAUUUUUAAGAGUU